AUGGCUAUCGAGAAUCCAAAUCCUCUCCAAACGACUCCCUCAACUGACUAUGAAAUACGUUUCCCUCCCUUCCCACAACCCCCGGAAGGUGUCAAAAUUGUACCUUUCAAGGACUAUAAGGAGGUCGGAAUCUUGAAGGAAACGGCUGAUCGCGUUGAGAGAGACGGCCUGCAGAUUCCUACGGUUGCGUUGAGAUCGGUGCACUCUACUGAUGUGUGCAAGACCAAUGCCCAAAAUACCGGGAGGGACACCAGGAAGUCUCAUUCGAGGGCGGCGGGAGGAAAGCGAGAGUGGUGGAACGAUUGGGAAGAUAUGGAGAGACAGCUCCAUCCAGACGGCUAUGAUGAGCGCCGGUCACCCCAAGAUCGUCUUCAUCAAGCGGCCAGCGAUUUUCGUGCGCGUCGUCCCUUCCCUCAAAAAGUGAAUGAAAUAUGGGAUCAGAUCCAGUUGUACCUUGGAUUAUUACCGAGCACCCCGGUAUGGCACAAAACGGAUCCUAACAAGCCCUCGAAAGACGAAGAAGAAGAAGAUGACGGUGACAUUUCUGAUGAAGGGAUGCCCAAGAUCGACAAGGUCGAGAUGGCCCAAAACGCGAGCGGACAAAAAAAGAAGUCGCGUCCCAGGCCUCCCUACGAAAACUAUGGGGAAGAACCUCACCAGGUUGAAAAUGACGAACAAAUUCAAGAACUACUCGCAGCGUCCAAGGACGCGAAGAACGAUAAACUCUUGGAUUUCUUCGAGAAUCCGGCAAAGAAUAUCACCAUCUUUCUGUCGUAUUACAUGAUCAACCAAGGGUUUCAUUUUGAUGAUGAUAAACUGAUCAAUUUCCCGCGCGUGCUCGGUUUCUUUGUCAAAUACCUUAUCGUCAAUAACGUUUGGCCCGAGUGUAAGGCUAGCCUGGAGCGCUCUCAAGGCAUCAUCGAUAUCGCUUGCCAAGAGCUCAUCAGCACCUCCAGAAUCUCCAAAGCCCUUCCUGAUGUUCUCAAUUAUGCCUUCCGAGAUCAUUGGAACAUCAACCCCGAUGUUUUCUAUGGCGGCCCUCCUCCCAACGACGAUUCAGACUCAGGGGAACCUGAUGCGAAACGCCAGAAGGUUGAUCCCGAGGCGGCGGAAGAGUUCAAGCAGACAUUGAAGGACUCCAAUCUUGAUUUCAUUGAGCCUGAGGAUGCGGAUGCCCUCAUGGAGGAGGCAAUUGCCGCCGAGGAAAGUGGUGCGUGGGGAUCCGAUAAUAAAUGGGGUGUCGAUGACGAUGCCGCACCGGCGCCCCAAGGUGGUUGGGACGAUUCUCCUGUGCAGGACUGGAGCAUCCUGACAAAGCGACCCGGGCUGGUGGAACUUUUCGGACCUACCGCCCUUCCUGUCACGCACACCACUGGUAUUGUCGAGCAGUCGAUGCGACGAAUAGCGGAUAUCAUCCCUCCACCAAAGGAUGCUGCGAAGUUGCCUCACGCGAAGGACCCCAGCGCUGAAGCGGUGGAAGUGGAGCUGGAGCGUAGGUUCACCAAGGUGGUGUUGUCGCCCUGGCUCGGUAGCAAGACUGGAAAUGAUGAGCCUACGAUUCCGUCUGUCUCAAAGGGGACGGUGCUCGGUAAAGACGACAUCGAGCCCGACGUGCCUCCCUCUGGGCUGAAGCCUCAUAACCCGUGGAAAGACAAUAUCACGAUUUUUGUCGGCGAGGAUGCCGCAAAGGACCUUCGAAUGGGGAUGGGUCUAGGUGGAUCGUGGAUUCAGAUGGCUCGUCAGCAAGACUUCGAGAGUCAGGAUGAUAAGAAGAAGAAGAAAAAGAAGGGCAAGAAGAGCGACGAGAGGUUCUGGUAUAUGUGUUCGCUGAUGACGGUAUUGACGAGUUAUCAUCUCGCGCCGGGAGAGGUACAGGCCCAUGUACCUGACCUGUAGGUGCUUUUUCUGCUUUUGUCUUGGUGCUUGCUAUUGCUCUCAAUUGAACGUGCUCAACGAAACCUAUAACCUGUAUUCAUACUGUCCUCGCUUUUUUUUCUCAGUUCGAAAUAUCUCUCCAUUUUGACCAAAUACAAAUCUGCCUGUACUUCAUUGAUAUGCGCUGUAUGUAAUG